UAUAAGGAUGGAUCCAAAUAUGAGGGUGAAUAUGUCAAUCAUGCCAGAGAGGGACUGGGAACCUUUUUGAAUGAGUUUGGAAAUAUCUAUACAGGUUUCUGGCAGGAUAACGAAAGACAUGGAUAUGGAAUGCAAGAAUAUAAUGAAGGUAACAAGUAUUGUGGACAGUGGAAGAAGGACGCAAAGCACGGCUAUGGUACUUCAUGGUAUAAGGAUGGAGGUGUUUUUACUGGAGAAUAUCUGGAAGGAUUGAGAACUGGAAAAGGAAUCUACACGUAUCCGAGUGGAAAUCAAUAUGAUGGUGAAUGGAAGAAUGGUGUAAGAAAUGGAUUUGGUAUCUAUCGUUAUUGUUCUGGAGAGGAAUAUUAUGGAGAUUGGGUUGAUGAUUUGAGAACUGGAUUCGGAACCUAUAUUGGAGCUGAUGGAUCAAAAUACGAGGGUGAAUGGUCACAAGGAUUGAAACAUGGUGAAGGUACCUUGGUAAAUGGAAAUGAAAAUUAUAAGGGAUCAUUUGUGAGUGGUAAAAAACAUGGAAAGGGAAAGAUUGUGUUC